AUUAAGUUUGCGCGUUCCCGAAACGCGCGGUUUCGCGUUUCGGCCACUCGAUACGGAACGGUUUCUGCAAUUGCAUAACAAUGCACCGAAGGCCGGGCCGCGUGGAAAAGUUGCCGCCGUCACGGUUUAGCAGUGAAAAUUUUUGUUUGUUUCACGUUCGGGUCAGUCGCGUCCACGCGGGCGGCGUACGUGAUCGCGGAUUCGGAACGGUUUCAGUGAAACGAUACGACCACUCGAACUCGCGUGUUACGAAACUUUAAGAACCGAAAAGUUGGUACGCGAUCACAAAAAAAAAAUUAAAAAAAAAAAAAACUUUUUUUUUUCUCGUUUUGUCAGACGACCAGCUAUCUUGCUAAUUGCCAGACAGAAUCUGUUUUGGCACGGAUACAUAAUGCGAGAGGGACUCGACGUUCGCUCAACGCGCCGGCCCGAUUAUCUGUGUAAACAUUUUGCGUUCUUAUGGCCAUUUUAUCGGUUACAUUAUCGAUACACAUUCAAUUUUUAUUACGAACGUAACGAUUUAGAUGAAGAAAAAAAAGCGCGUUGAUUUUAUUAAAAUUACGUUAUGGCGUUUCGCUGUUCGGUCACCGAGUGUUUGUUUUCUUAGUGCCUCGCUCUGUAUGUGUCAUUUAAUAACGUGCGUGAAUUUUCAGUUCACCGGAACUCGACGAAUGGAAAUGCCACUAGUAUCAAUUACUUCCUUGUGCGAGAUGCCGUUUUAAAACCAACGCCCCAGUGCUCGGUUAACAAGAGUUUGAAUUACAAUAACCACAACACAAUUGGAAAACAGUAGGAAAGUGAGACGACGUUGUGAAAUAAUAGUGGGAGGGGGUUUCUGAAAAACUUGAAAAUAUAUGUGUUAGUUACUUUUUUUUUUGGUUAUACUGUGGAAAGUUUUUAUUAAUUGAAAAAAAAAAGUGAAUUUCUACUAAAUUCGACAUAUUUCAUCGUCGUGACCACACACUCGUGUUUGUUCAGAUCGCGCGUCGUGCUGUCCGCAAACAUCGGAUCGUUAGCGGCGCCGCCUGACCGCAAACCGAAGUGUCGCGAACCCGAGCCGGAAUGGUGAAACAUUGAAUACGAAAUAAAACUGACACGAUGCUAGCGACGCGCAAACGAACUGUUCGAAUUGCGCGAUAUUGAUAAGCCCCGUUUCGGGCUAGUGAGUGAUAGAAGUCGCGGAAGACAGAGAAGUUAGGGGAAGCAGCGUUUACCUAGUCUAGUGAGUGAUAGAAGUCGCGGAAGACAGAGAAGCUAGGGGAAGUUGAGUGCGGGGUAUGCGCAGGCGCGUUGUGCAGUGACGGCGCCCGGGCGGCUGCCAUGGGCGCGGCGCGCCAUGCGUCAGCGCACGCGCCCGCUGCGGCUGCUCCUCGCGGCGCUGGCGCUGGCCUCCUGUGCGGCGGCGCCGGCCCCCGAGCCGCGAGCGCAGCGCUCCGCCAACCUGAGCCACAUCACGGGCACCUCGCGCACUAUACAGAUGUUCCUCAAGAAUCGGUACCUGCAACUGUUGCCCAAUGGCGUCGUCAACGGUACCACAGAAGAAAACAGCGUUUACACUAUACUGCAGCGUGCAACGUACAAGCCCGGCCACCUCACGAUCCAGGGGGUCUCCACUUGCCUCUACCUCUGCAUGGACACCUGUGGAUUUCAGUACGCUAAUAGGGAUCUGUCGGACGACUGCGUCUUCGAAGAGCAUAUAGAAGAGAACAACUACAACACGUACUCGCGGAUACGAGCCGGGAAGAAGACGUACGUGGCCCUCGGCAGCAACGGGAAGGCCAGGCGAACGCAGAUACCACUGUCGCGGCCUCUGGGGAAGCUGUCGCACUACGCGCUCUCGCUGACCACAGAAUGGAAGGGACCCAAUCAGACGCACUGCUCACCCAAAAGGCACAGGGGCAAGCUGAAGAGGCCCCCGCCCAAACACAGAAACUGCUCGGUCAAGCCUCAGAACAUGAGGCACAAACGGAAGCACAAAAAAGUGAAGAACCCCAAAAAGAAGCAACGCCAUCCGAAGUCGAGGAGAAAACACAUAAACGGAACGACCACCACGACGGAGGUGACGUGGGACGAGUCCACGAUGUCCACCAUGUCGACCACGACUGACGCCGAGUUUUUUCGGUCGGCGACCGCGCAGGAGGCGACCGGUCGCACGUGACCCCCGCCCUGCUCGCGGUCGGUGCUGCCGUCCGCGUCGCUUUAACCCACUACCACAGUUCCACCUGAAAAUCCCUCAACAAAACGAUUUUCCAGUCAGAUGACUAUAUCGAUUGAUGAAAAGCUAUUUGGUUUAAGCGACAUCUCGCUUAAUACGCGACAUCUCUCUUAAUACGCGACAUCUCCCUUAAUACGUGACAUCUCGCUUAAUACGUGACAUCUCGCUUUAUACGCGACAUUUAUCUUUGUAAUUAACGAUGCGUUUUAUUUGGUUUCAGGAUCCAAAGUUUGAUGUUUUUAAUUGAACUUAAAUUAGGUUUACUCCAUUCAAAUCGUUAAUUAUUUGUUUUUUGUUAUGAUAUUUUUUUCAAAAUUACAAACUGCAAAUCGCUCUCCUGUAAAGUUGCAAAAAUGUCGCUAAAACCAAAUAACCUUUCACCUCUCGAUAUGAUUCCUUCCGUGUAGCCGUCAUGCGUUUAGAUAUUCGGAUUAUAGUAACGAUAGGCUCUUAAUCACUUAACACUGAGUGGUAGAUCUUCAGGGCUCUUCCUCAUAACUAAGAACUUUAUAAAUCGAUUCUAUCUCAUUCUUUAUAGGCACAGUCUUUUAUUAUCAGCGCCGCGUCAAUAGCACCGUGCUCUCUCGUAUGGACAACGAUUAGAGAAAUAAAUCAGUGUAAAUAUAUCAUAAGAUGCUUAAAUUCACUUGAUAUUUUACAGUGAGUUUUAAUAUAAUAAAUACUCAUGCAUCGUUGUGCGACAAUAAUGCCCGGUGUACCGUAUAAAUAUUGAUAUUAAUUAACAUUAAAUACAAUUACCAAAGCUUCCAAAAUUUAUUUCAUUUCUCUUUUUAUUCCUAGUUCGUGUUACUUAGUUACAUUCGAGUUAUUCGAAUAGUUAAGUUAAUCACUUACUUAUCACGAAAUUAAUUAAAACGUUAGCUAUAAAUUUAUUCGAUAUAAUUGUAUAAGUAAUCUGAUUUUAAGGUGGAACAGUGGUAGAACUCCUGUCUUAUUAAAUUUAGCCUAAAUACUUAUCGUUUUGGAACUACGAAUGCGUUCGUUCACUUUGAAUUCCUUCAGUCCAUUUAUAAUUCCCAACUAAUUGGAUGUUAAUAACAUUAGAAGCUAUGUUCGUAAUUGCUUUAUCUUAUACGGAUUACGUCUUGGAACGUUUGAAAAUUUGGUAUUAAAAUCUCGAAUUAAUAAUUAUGAGUUUGAUUUAAACGAGAUUCGAUAAGAAACUAAUAGAUUUCUUGUUCAGGUAUUUUAAUUAGUCGCAUUGUUUCCGCUUUCACAAAAAUAGUUCUGGAAAUAUCUAUAACAAAUCUUAUAAUGUUUAUUAUCUAAACAGUUAAUAAUGAAACGUUAAUAAUUAAUAUUAAACAGUUAAUCAUUUUGAAUCAAAACUAAUAAAUACGCAUGGCGGACACAAAAUAUUGCUCAAAAUUUCAACAUUUGUUUUUAUUAAUACAAUUGUAAUAAAAUAAAAUAAAAAACUAUGUAGAUUAUACCUGGAAAUGGUGUUUAAUCUAUAUGGUAUUUAAAAAAAUUAUGAGCACAUUGGUAAUUCUCAAACGAAAAAGUACUUAGAAAUUGUGUGUUGAAGGUGUAAUUUCAUAAGAAAUUGACUGAUAAUUGGACUGAGUAUUAUAGUAUUGUUGGCUUCGGACUAGGCUAUGAUAGGAAGAGGUGGCGGGCGGCACGCUUCUGUUAUUGUAUUUAUUAAGCUUAUUUAUCGAAGCUUAGACGAGCGGGCACACUUCUACAAUCUCUUAUUUAAAUUUCUAUACAAAUUAUUUAUAGAACUAUUGAGUUAAUGAGGUUGAAAAUUAAGUCGAAAUACACUCGUCUUUGCUUCGAGUGCGUAGUGAUAAUCGUAAUGGCGAUGAAGUGACUAUUAGUUAGUAAUUUUUGUCGAUACGAUGGAGAUAAAUGAGUUGUGAGUGAAACAGGUCCGAUUGGAUCACUCGAAAAUAUUUUUAUCGAAAACCUUUUAAAUAUCAUAACGCAAUAUCGGGAAUCCGCGGGAACCGAGUCAGAAUGUGACAGUUGUGACGUUUAAUCCCUGUUUAAAUGUCAAUCGUAAAAGAUAAUCUGUGCAAUUUAAUCAAAAUGUCAACAUAGUUUAAGGCACUUCUACACAGCUGGCUAGUAUGGGCAAGCACGUCCUAUUAUCAUUGGCGUUGUUAUACGAAAUUCAUCAAGCGAUAUAGAAUGCAAUUUAUCUCAUAUACUAUUCAAGGAGGUCUUGUUAUAGUAGUAACAAGACGAAUUAAAGAACGGAAAACUGAAACUGAAGAGCCAUAUAAUUAUUUUUUUAAAUAAAAUGUUUCGAAAGGAUUAAGUACAGUAUCGUUUAUAAUGUUGUAAAAUGCUUUCAUUCCUUCAGAGCUUGCAGUACGUCGGUGUAGAUUUUUUUGGUAAUUUAACAAGAUAACAAUGGGAAUUUCACCAGUAUCGAAAGCUUCAUGAAUGGGAAAAUUAGUACAGAAAAUCACGUAGAAUGAUCACGACAUUGAUAGGGCUGUCGCGUGCUUGCCCACCGCGGCCUACAGUGUGUCCAUAGCUUUUCAUACGACACAAGUCAAUUCCCGUUAAUGUGUUGAAUUGUAAACUCCAUCGCUAAAUAAAUCGGCAUAACGCGUAUGUACGUUAUAUUGUAAAUUUAUUUAUUUAAUUUUCCAUUAGAGAAUGUAUUUUAUUAACGUUUUAGUUGAUGAUUUUUUUUUUUUUAAUAUAAAUCUCUCGUCCCCUUUAGUUCCAACCGAAUGUAGAUAUAUAGGAUUCCAUACGCUUGUAUUUUUAGUGAGCCAAUUUUUUAAUUAUUAUUUCUAAAUAUAAAUAUUAAUUUGUAUUAUAUGUAUAUUUUAAGUCUGUUCAGGUACAACGAGUGCUGGUUUGUAUAGGGUGUAAUUGGUGCAUUUGCUAAUAAUGUGAUUGAAUGUAUUAUGGACGGUAACAUUCUUUUUAGUGACGAUCCUCGCAUUUUAAUUAUUAUUCUGACGUCAGAGUUAUUAGUUGGAAUUAACAGAUAAAUUAUUUCGGUGGCGUCGUAAAACUCGUAUAAAACACUACGGUCUUCGCAAUAACAUGCACGUAUGAAAGAAUGUAAAUUUUUGUUAGCUAUAAUUUAAAAAAAAAAGUCAAGAAUUCGACCUCAUUACUUUGACUGAAACCUUCAUACUCGCCACGUCCUGUCCUAGAUUCACACGUCAUUGACUUAUGACAUCGAUACGAGCUCGUGGGCUCGCCAAAGGAAUAGGCACGUGUGAAUCUCAUGUUAAAUCAGCGAACAUUUUACCGAUCGACUCCUAAUUCGCACAUCAUCGUCAAUUGAAUGAUGUUUUAGGCUUUUUCUGCGUAAAACUGUGCAAACUAUUGAUUAACACAUCCUAGCAAGUUGAAACGGUAUUUUUAUUUAUAAAAAAAAAAGUUAGGAAUUACUAAUUAUUUAAUUGCAUUUUCUUCGGGCAAACAGUUUAUUCUCGCAUUUUGGUUAAUAAAAAUUCUACUACACGAAUGUAUAAUAGUAGCUUUUUUUUUCUUUCAAUCACGUGUAUAAUUAUUAUUUUCUAGAAAAAAAUGUGCACAGACUAUACAAGUAGCCAUAGCCCAGUUUUUUUUUAUAAUGAAUUAAAAAAGUAAUUUUAGCUUACAUUCCCUAAUGUUGCCAGUGUAAAAAUGUUCGUUGAUUGACAAAACGCAGGAGCUGUUUGUAAUGCUUAACGACUGUAAUGCGUAGUGUAAUGAAUUCAUUAUCUUAUUUAUAUUAUGUUUAACGUAAAUGUAUGUAGUAUAAAAACGACAUUGAAUUUUGUAUUUAGUGAAGCAUUUACUCGUUCAGCAAAAUCGAAUCGAAUCGCGUCGGAUUCCUUGUCGUUUUUGUAUUGGAAAAUCAAUUAAAUCGAUUAUUCGAAUCGUAUGUAGAAAAAAAAACACCAAUCGAUCUUUAGUUAUAGCUUAGAAGCAGUAUUUUGUGGUAAUGUAUAAUAUAAACAAUAUAUGGGAGCGUAGACACCCGUAAGAAGUUGUGCUUCUUUAACGUGCCUAAAAGAUGAGCUUUUUUUUUUAAAUUUAAUCUACUUUAAUACGCACAUAAAAUUAAAAUAAAGAAGAUUUAAUUUUAAUAACAGAAUAAAGAGAAAUUCAGAUGGCCGAAUUUGAAAUUUUGAACAUAGGUUAACUGAUGUUUGGCGGCUAACUUUAUACGGUUCAUAUUUCUAAUACAAAGACUACAAACCACAGCGCGGCAAAAGAAGUAUAACUUCAAAUCGAAACACAGUAAUUCUACUUACAGUAUAUAGUUUUGUAGUUUUAUAUGAAUAGUGAUUUUAAGGAUAUUAAGCAUUGAUAAUACUGCCUUAGCUGUAACGUAUUGAAACUGACAGGUUAGACGAGAUGCGUCGCUUACAAACUCAAUAUCAAUUAUUUUAUUUCUAAUAAUAAUAUCUAUAAUAAUAAACCACUUAUCAAUCUGGGAAAUCGUUUUUUUUUUGGUCUUGAAACAUUAUGAAAAUUUAACUACGAACAAAACGUAUGAUGCGCCUCUUUUUAUAGCAAUCAAUAAUCACUGUUCUUACUAUCUUCGUAAAGAAUUAAUUGCACUUAAAUAUUCUUAAAACAAGCGUCCUUACGGUUCAGAUUAAAGGAAAUAUAAAAAUGGCUGAUUCACGUCUUUUAAAAAUAUUGACUAUUUAAAAAUGGAACUGCAAUUAUCGCGCCAAAAUAGCGAACAAAAUUCCUCGCUUCUUAUGUAAAAAUAUUUUUAAAUUUUAGAUUUACCAGUAAAUUACCAUAAGUCGAAGUUGAAGAAAUUUUAUAAUUAAACAUAAUAAAAAAACGAUUUCAGUGUUUUUUGUCUUUUAAUCGAUUUUGAUACGACACGGAAACGCCAAAAAAUGUUUGUAGCUUAAAUUUGAUUUUAAUUAAACCUAUAUCGAAAAUACCUAUCUCUGCACAACUAGUGAUUUUAAAAUGAUUUAUUUGAGUUUGUAAACCAUUGUAUCAGUGACGGUGUAAAAAUAAGAGUGUUUUUUUUUAAUUAUUUAAUUGUCCAUGUGCCAUAACUUAUGAAAUUCCCGCUUGGGUUUACUUCCGGUUUACAAUUUAUUUUUAUUUUUUUGCUGCAAAGUAAAUACUUUUACGAAAUACUUGACGGAAUGGAAAAGGAAACGUGUUAGAAUGGACUGUCAAUAUACAAACCGAUAUACUUAUAUUACAAAUCAACAGUACAAAUCAAUGAACACGUGCCACUAUGGUGCCACCAUACAGACUUGACAAGAAUUGACAGUUCAUUUUUCCCGCGAUUCCAAAUUAUUGAAAACAAUAAUUUAAAAAAAAGAAGCUUAAAUGAGUGUUUAAGGAGUAACAGUAUUACUUAAUUAAUAUCAAUAUGUACUAUUACAACGCCUAGUUAUAUAUUUAAAAAAAUACGUUUGCUUAGUGCAUUUAAAAACAUAAUCGAUAAUGAGUUUCGAGUAUCGAUUUUUAAUGUAGCUCUUAAUUCGAUUAUACCCAACUAUAGUCAAAAUAAUCGAUCGAAACUACCUAUCUGACAAUAAUUUACACAGCCUCUUAUACCGACAAAUAAAUAAAAUGAUUCUAUACA